CCAUAGAAGAAGAAUUGACGCUUAGUUGGCCACCCGUGUUAGCAUCACCUACUCUGAGCUAGUUGUUUGCUAAGUGUGUGAAGACACAAAACAGACAAAUUUGUCACCUCAACCGGCCAUUGAGCUCCUUGCUUUGGGUUUUUGGGGCUCGGGUAAAAUGUCUUCUUGGCCAACUGCUUGCAAUGUUUCCCGGCGGCAGCAGGGUAACCCAAAUGGGAGCGUUCAGCCUUUGAGAUUGUUCCGGAGAAGUGCGCCGUACCCAAGCAGGGAAGAGAGGAACGAAGAUCUCAAGGAUGCCCUGGAAAGUUACAAAGAAUUGGAACAGAAGCAACACUACACUGGCAGUGUCAAGUAUGAUGGUGCAAAGCAUCAACCCAAUGCUAAGCCCGAGAACACUUCCGCAGACAGACGGAAAACCUUGUAUCAGAAAUUCUACAGGCAAGUGCAAGACGAUCACACAGCUGCUGACUGUGUGAUCAUAUCAGUGGCCAACCAGUGUCUGGAUUACCCCAAAUCGCUAAACCAGUGCUUGCAGGAGCGUGGCCUGUCGGUGGAAAUGCUCUAUCUGCAGGCGGAGUCAGACCUGACGCAAGCCCUGCAGGAUGUCCGAGGUGUUGGCUCCCCGUUAUGUAUUCUGGUGGAGCAGAAAAAUGUAGCUCUGUCCUCCUGCACAGUUAUCAUUUUCUCAGAGCCCCUCAAAAUCCACCGCAACAUGCCCAAAGAGCAGGCCAUGGAUUUUGUCCAAACGGAGCACAGGCGCGGAGUCGGUAAGGAACGGAAACAAAGGGACCCCGCAGAUAUUGCAUCACAGGCCUCGCAGUUGCUCGGGGAAUUUCUGGAUCGGGAAAAGAUAGAGCGCCACCUGGUUCCCUCGGACACACGUCAGUCCCUCCAGCUGCUGGCCGAGGGCGUGCACAUUUACGCUGAGGAAUUGGAAGCCAUUUUGGCGUUCGUCAACGCCCGGCAGGAGCACUUAAGAGCGAGCAACGGCGGCGAACUGAAGAGUAAAAUGUUCUCUUCGGCACCAGGAAAUCCGCCUCCCCUUCUCCCGACGCUGCUCGGCCCGCCUCCGUGUACAAACGAGGCUGGGCGCCCAUUGAUGGAAUCUCCUCCGGCCACACCGAUGCCGCUCUUACCUUCACCAGAACAAUAUCAAAUGCAGGGGCUAUACUCGACAGUAUGUGAAGGUUCUCAUCUGAAAAGCAAGCCUCCCCCUCUGCUGUCUUUGCAACAAAAGCCGUCCUUACACAGCUCUUAUGGUGGCCCUAGUUUGCUAGGUAGCCCCCCAAUGACGCGUCUUCCCGUACGUCACCAGGGCCCAAGAGGGUCCCUCAGCAUGAGAGCUGCUCCACCCUCCCUCAAAGGUUCUCGCCCUCCACUUUUGUCGCUCCCAGGUGUCCCUCACCUUAGUGCUCCCAGGCAUUAAGCAUGCAGCAUCCAAGAAUAACUUUGUAUUUAGAGCCUGUCUUUUGUUAUGUUUUUUAAGUCUCUGUUGGGUUCAACUUUUAAAAGGCUGAGUGAAAUGAGAAAAUACAUCAAAGACAUUGAAAAAUGUUUGGUACAUUGUGGCUGGAGUGUUUUUUGCUUCUUUUUUUU